UAAAUUAUUUAUUUGAAAUCGGAGAAUGAACAUAUUAGUAAAGCUUGUUUACAUCAUAUUUCAGACAUCAGAAAACAUGCUUCACAUACUACACAUCUUUCUUUUCGUUGGUGGUGUUUUAUGUAUGAGUGGUACAAACAUAGGUGUUACGUUCGAUGGAAAUGGAGAUUGCAUGAUUGAAGAUCAUUCAGUUAUUUGUAGGACAAACCUACCGCAAGUGCUACCAAAGAAUAUCACAAAAGUAACAGUAAAGAAUUUUUCACACGACAGCAUCAAUCAGGAAACCUUCAAGCAUGACAGCUGGUGGUCAGUGCAUUAUCUGGAUGUUAUCGUAAAUGAAAAUGUUGAGUUUCGCCUUUACGAUUAUAACUUCUACGGGCUGAAGAAUCUAGAAACACUCGGGAUACACUCGUCUGAAUUGCCGUUCAGUACAAAUAACAUUCUUAAAGGACUUCUGAAAUUGCAAUCUUUGAAUCUAUCGUCCUGUUUCCAUCUCAAUACUGAAAGACUGGUAACUAAUUUGGAAGUACACGAUAAUUUAGACACAUUAAUACUUGACCAGUUCGGAACGAGGGAAGGAAGACAUAUAAUAUUGGAUAACGCAUUUUUUAAAAUGAUCAGUCGAUUGAGUGUACGAAAGUUAAGUUUAAGUGGAACUAAUUUAUUAUUUCAGGGCCCCCUUAAUAUAGCAAAUCUUUCGUAUUCUUUAACUGAUUUCGACAUUUCAAAUAUAACCUUCGCACAAAAUAUUGAACCUAAAGAAGGAAAGCAAGUUAUCAAUACUGUAUUAUCCAAAGUAAAGAUUUUGAACAUUUCUCAUAUCUCUUCACGAUUCCUACCUUUCGAUUAUACAUUUAUGACCCAUACAAGAUAUAGUCUAAAUUGCAGUAGCAAUUUAACAAGUGACUUACUUAAACGUUUUUUUAAAGUUGAACGUCUGGAAAUGAAUCAUGUGUUAUCUAGAAUUGUGAAAAUUAAAUCAUUAUAUUUGGAUAUUUCAGAGUGUAGAAUCAGUUUUAAAUCAUUGUAUCUCAGAUCUAAUAAUAUACAUUUUUUAAAUGCAACUGUAAAAUGGCCAAGGAAACUGAACUUCUAUGAACUUGACUUAUCUCAAAAUAACCUAGAAUAUAUAUCCCCCUAUGUUUUCGGAUCUGUCCCAACAUUAGAAAGAAUUCAUCUCUCUCACAACAAAUUGUAUCUCAUGGCCUCCGUUAUAGAAUUCAAAUUUCUUUUCAGUACUUUCAAAAAUUUGUGGUACCUUGAUCUCUCAAAUAAUCAAUUAGCUUUGCUCCCUGAAGCUAUUUUUGCUGACACUUUCAAUUUGACCACUUUAGAUUUAUCUAACAACCAUUUCGCUUCUAUCAGUUUUAGAAUUAAACAUCUUACUAAACUUCACUUUCUCAACUUGGAAAAUAAUAAAAUUCACUAUAUUGAUGGUGUUGAUUUCAGCAAUCUUCUUUUAUUGAUUCAAACAAUGCAGAUACCUGCGAAUAUAAGUUUCCUUCGCAAUCCUAUUGUUUGCAGUUGCGAAUCCGUAUCUUUUAUUAAAUGGCUGUCUUCCUAUGUUAGAACUAGAUAUAAAAUAGAAAAAAGUGGUAAAACAUACUUCAUGUGUUCAUUAGAGGGCAAAAAGGUUCCACUUGAAACCAACGCAGUUGACGAAUCAGAGUUUUUAUGCGUACGUAAAACAAUAGAAAUAGCAUCAGUGUCGUCAGGCAUUGCCAUUUUCUGUAUCAUAUCAGUAGUGACGGCGAUUUUUAUGUAUAGAAAGCGACAAAAAAGAAGGGCAGAAAAUAUGAUUAAUUUUCUAGAGGACUUUAAAAAUGGACUACUGCAACAGAAUGUUUUAUGCUUUUUAUCCUUUUCAAGUGAUGACGAAGGAAAUGAUCCGUAUAUCAUUUAUGAACAUCUCACUGAAACUCUAAAGGAAAAAACUGGGAUUAAGCGAGAAGUUGUAUGUGUAGGUAACAGACACUUUAAUCUAGGAUUUCCAAUUGUUGAUGAAAUAGUAAGGUGUUUAUCAGAGAGUUGCGUCGCCGCUUUUAUAGUUUCUAACAAUUUCUGUGAAAGCCGUUGGUGCCAAAUGGAACUUCGAGAAGCGUAUGAGCUUAACAAACCGAUCAUUCUUAUUUGCAGAGAGCACAUCGACUUAACACUGAUGACACCUUUGAUGUCUAAAAUAUUCCUACGCUAUACCCGAGCAAAACUUAUCACGAAAGAGGACGACCGUGUGGAAAUAGUACCAGGCUACGAACAACUCGCUAGUUCCAUUUUGAAACUUGCUGCAAUACAUAAUGACAACGUCGCUCUUUAGCAGCAUGUUAAUUCUAUAUUUCAGUAAAGCAGAAAGAACUACCAAUCCAAAUAUGGUUUCAGAUUUACACAACUUAUCCGUUUACGAGAUACAUCAAACUUUUUGUUUUUGUUGAAUUUAACGUCACACCGACCCUAUUAUAGGUUAUACGGUGACUCUUCAGCUCUUUAUGGUUGGAAAUAUGUAUUAUAGCAUUUAAUUUUAUAUACAACAUUCUUUGCAUUGAACUUAAAACGUCUCUUUUUUGAUACAACUUAACUUCUGUAGACACGUUCUGUCUUUGGAAUUAGAGUCUCUCAAAAAUGAUCAGUUCCUUAAAUGUCAAAAAGUCUAUGAUCAGUAAUGCUAUGACAGAAACUUUUGAAUAUGUUGAUAGUGUGUUUGGUGUCAGUGGACAUGUUAUAAAAUUGUCUGGUAUCCUGGCUUUCUAUUCUGUAAUGUAUGAAACGGUAUGCUAUUAUUCAUAUUUAUAAAUACGUCAUUCAAAACCUGGCACAUAUUUCAUAUUACAUUUAGUUUAUACUAAUUUAUUUAAGGUCGAUUGUGAGAACUACUGGUACCACUGUUCAUGUCUUUGGUAUGACGCGGCCAGGGGUCGAACCCACGACCUCCCGCACUCGAAGCGGACGCUCUACCACUAAGCUACCGAGGUGGCUAACUCUAUCAUUUGAUUUUCAUUAUUGAUGAAUUGUGUAGAAUGUUUUAUUCUGUAGCCUUAUAAAAAUAAGUAGUUUUGUUUAUAACUACUAUAGUAUUGUACCCAGUUUGCAGAGUUAUAUUCAACCUGUAUUUUAAUGGUGUUCAUGUGUACAUAUGAUCUGAUAGAUCUUGCGGCAUUUGAUAUUUGUUAACUAUAUCUGUCACCUUUACCCUAUUGCUAGCAAUAUGUUUAAAGUGUCCAUUUAGACUUGAUGAAAUGUCUACAUUUUAAAAUGUUUAAUAUCUAAUUAUGUAUUUUUUGUUUUUCAAUAUCCUCAUAAGUAGUAUUCAUGUUUGACGGACACACUGUAGUUUUAACUAUUUGUAGAUGUUCAAUAUUAACCCUGCUAAAUUUCUAUAAUGAACUUUUCCAUCCUAAAAUUUGGACAGUACCAUUAAUUGUUAAAAGGGGUGCUUAUCAAAAAGAUACUGACUGAAUUGCGAACACUGCAGAUCAUGAUCAGACUGCUAGGAUGUCGCAAAGGCAGAAUCAAUAGCGUCCAGCAUGAUAAGGGUUAAACAUCUAUUGUAUGAUGAUUCGAGCUUCGAUCUACAUUUGUAAAUAAUACUCUACUUAAUUUUGAAAAACACCCGAUUCUAUUUUUAGCUAAGGGUCAUGUGACUAAAACCACCGGACUUUUGUACUUUAGAAAGAUUGUCCGAAAUAUUUGUACCCUGGAAAAGGCUCUGUAAAAGUCGAAAUGUUGGUUUUAAAUUAAAAUUGUCAAACUAAACCUG